AUCAAACGUCCAGGAGAAUAUUCCAUUGGCGCUKCUUGCMGUCDUGGCUGUGAAGUAUGGUGGAAGAGAAUACAAGAACCAGGCCUUGAUGAUUAUGGGACAUCUGGAGAUAUGAUUAUUAAACUAGCAUCAACCUUACAACCAAAUAAAUACGAAAGGAGUACUAAGCAAAACAGAAAAAUGAUUACUACUUGUCAUCUGUACCAUCUGGAGGUUUACGCUAGAUUAGCACCUCAGUUCUCAGAUGAAGUAAACUUUGCAAACAUUGCAAUAAAGCCUCCUGGUGAUCUUAGUUGGUCUCCUAUACCAACUGAAUUAUUGUACUUGAACAAGCCAGGGUCAAGGGAACUUCAUUUCAAUUUGAACAAAAAUAUCACUCCUCACAUAAGUCUUGGCUCAAACUUGGUGAUAAAAGCUUUGUACAAGUUUUGCUGUGUAGGACUGCGAUGUCCAACUUGUCCUUUGACUCUCAAUCUUCACGUCCUCGAACAGAAAAUAUUGGUGAACAGUAGCUUACAGAUGGAUUGUAGGGAAUACCUUUUCAAUUACUCCAUUGAUGUUAUACAACAGCCAAAGAACUAUUCUGUAGAGGUAUUGUAUACUGUAAGAUGCUUCUUAAUAAGCACAUCAUGACUGACAGACUAGACCAGCUUCUCUUUGAGUCCUGUUAAAGUGGUUUUAUUGCAUGCGUCAAUU